AUGGAAGCAACCACCAGGGCAGCGGACGUGCCGGAGCAAAGUGAUGAUCCCCUGCCAGCACCAACAGAGCUCCAGUAUUGGAAAGCACACGAAGAGGGCCUUGCAGGUCUCUCAGAGCCUGUGAGCGGGACGUUGCGUGCACGGCGAGACCCCGACUGGGACGACGUGGCGCUGCCGCUGCCCCCGGAGGCCAUGCACGCCGACUACGGCCGGUUGGACUCGAGCCUACGUGCUCGCAUGGACGAGUUAGAGGCGCUGGAGUCGAAGCUGGAAGCAGAACGCGUGGCGCUGCAGGCGAGAGGCCCCAGGGAACCACCAAACUGGCGAGGUCUCUUUCGUCGAGCGAAGGCGUCGGAUAACGAUAAUGAUACUGACGUUCGUCAGCGUUUGCAGGAACUGCAGUUGCACGAUAAACCGAGCACAAAGCCGAAACCGAGCGUCCCUAGAGUCGCUGCGGUAACGAGUGCAACGACGAAAGCCUCAGAGCCAGAGGCGGCUCCGCGGCCCCUGUCGAGGUUCAAGCAGCGGCAGCUCGCGAAGCGCGCCCAGGACACGCGCUCGCCAUAA